GAUGAACUAAUAACAGGAAAAGCAUUCACAUGACCUUGCAAUGAGUUUUUUAUUUGGUUCGAGAAACAACAAAACAUUCAAACCUCGCAAAAGUAUACCAGAAGGCACACACCAGUAUGAUCUGCUGAAGCAUGCAGAAGCAACGCUGGGAUCGGGAAACUUGCGAAAUGCUGUUAUGUUGCCCGAGGGUGAAGAUCUCAAUGAGUGGAUAGCUGUAAACACUGUGGAUUUUUUUAAUCAAAUUAACAUGUUGUAUGGAACAAUCACAGACCAUUGCACUCCCGAAUCUUGCCCCGUCAUGUCGGCAGGACCGAAAUUUGAAUAUUUAUGGGCUGACGGAGCCUCUGUGAAGAAACCAAUCAAAUGCUCGGCACCUAAGUACAUCGACUACUUAAUGUCGUGGGUGCAGGACCAACUGGACGACGAAUCCUUAUUUCCUUCAAAGAUCGGCGUGCCUUUCCCGAAGAAUUUCGUCAGCAUUGCGAAGACUAUGCUUAAGCGUUUGUUUCGCGUGUACGCACACAUUUACCAUCAACACUUUCCGCAAGUGGUCAGUUUGGGAGAGGAGGCUCAUUUGAACACGUCGUUCAAACACUUCAUUUACUUCGUGCAAGAAUUCACGCUGAUCGAGAAAAGAGAGUUGGCACCGCUUCAAGAGCUCAUCGACAAACUUAUCAACAAGAGUUAGUACAUCGUCAUUUUCUAGAAUUCGUUGGAAAAACUAAGCGAGUAAAAAAAAAUUUUAUGAAGAGUUGAUUAUUUAGAAGCAUGCGGGGUUUUUACAUCUUUUUAUGACGAACCAAUUCUGUUUUUUUUAUUGCUAAUCUCGUUUUGAUUGUUCAUAUUAUUAUUUGUUGUCGAUCAUAUAAUUUUUCCUGUUUUAUUUUUGAAUAAAUAAAAUCACUCUUGUUGCAUUGACAGGAUUGUGAAAGCGUGAUUAUAUCGUACGGUACGUUCCCGCUAAUUCGGACACGCAAGCGAUCACAAUAUGUUUGAAUAAACAAAUGUUCAAAUUAAACAGAAUUAAACAGAAGAGUGUCAUGAAGGAAGCAACCGAGAAAAUUGCUUUGGAUAUCGGAUGGUUCAAUUAGGAAAUGUUCGAAUAUCGGAUGUUCGAAUUAACGGCAUUCGAAUUAGCGGGUAUGUGCCGUUUAUCUGUCUUCAUGCGUCAACUAGAGCUUGUUGUUAUACAGUUUACACGAAAUCAUAAAUUUGCUAAUUGUAUACAUGUAUUAGAUCUACAUUAUUUGUAGUAAAUGUGUCAAAAAAGCGCGCGGAAAUUGUGAUGUUCAAAAUACGGUUCCAUUUGUGUUUGUGUAAAAUGUCUGAAAAUUAACAUACGUGUAAAAUGAUAGUCCAUUCUUCAGAGUCUACCGCGAAAGUUUUUAUUCACCCGAUCUUGGGAGGUUGGGAUGUGAAUAGUUUCUUUGAUAGCUCCAUACUUUUGUAUAGCUCUGAUUCUAUAAAUACCUACUAUGUUCCUUUUUAGCCUUAAUUCGCGAAUUCCAAAUGCGCGAAAUUUUGUACGAAAAAAGGAUAUACUAUGUAGCUGUAUGUAUCCUGCAGUGAUAUAUACACUAACUUUCGUUGUCACUACGAAAGCAAUCGUUCUGUCUUGUUCUGUUGUCGUUUUCAGUUUUCAAACUUAUAAUUCUCUAUUUUUUGUAUCAUGAUGAUUAUUAUUAUAUAUACGGACGUUCUUGUGGCUUUUUAUCUAAUAUUUUUCAACAUUCAGUCCUUGUAAAUAACUGAAUAAUUAAACAGGAAAAUAGAUAGUUUCACAUUCACA